AUGGACGCUCCAAUCAAUCAACUUCCGAAAUAUGUGGGGGAUUUGUAUCUCCUGACGUACUUAAGCCUGAGAAAUACAAAGGUGGAGUUGCUUCCAGACUCCAUAGGCAAUCUGCAAAACUUAGAAACCCUGGAUCUAAAACAGUCUUUGGUGUAUCAAAUACCGGCCAAGAUCAAUAAGCUUGUUAAGCUGCGGCAUCUUUUGGCCUACUACCGCAACUACAACAUGGAUUUUUGCAUGAAUAGGGAAAGAGGAGUGAAGAUGCAUGAAGGUGUUGGAUGCUUACAAGAUUUGCAAAAAUUGUACUAUGUGGAGGCGAAUCAUGGAGGGAUCAAGCUAAUCAAAGAACUGGGAAAGUUGAGGCAGCUACGAAAGUUAGGACUAAAAAAAUUGAAACGUGAAGAUGGAAAGGCUCUGUGUGUUUGUAUUGAAAAGAUGAAUCACCUUGAAUCGCUAGAUUUAAGUGCAAUAAGUGAAGAUGAAGUCCUUGAUCUACAAUCCAUUUCAACUCCGCCAGAAUUUAUUCGGUCUGUGUGGUUGAAGGGGCGUUUAGAACAGUUGCCAAGUUGGAUUUCAAAUCUUCAACAACUCGUCAGAUUGGUGAUUUAUUGGUCAGGGUUGAGAGAUUCCCCAUUGAAAGCCCUUCAAAAUCUACCUAAUCUGUUGGAGCUUCGUUUCGGACAAAUGGGAUAUGAUGGCAGGCAGCUGCAUUUUGAGGAAGGAGGAUUUCAGAAACUUAGGAUUCUUGUACUCAAGGACAUGGAGGGACUAAAUUCAUUGAUCAUAGACAAAGGGGUUAUGCCUCUUCUCCAAGAGUUUCACAUUGGACCUUCCCCACAACUGAAGGAGGUGCCCUCUGGCAUCCACCAUCUCCAAAAUCUGAGACAUCUUUUGUUUUAUGGCAUGCCGAAGGAGUUUGCAAGACAAAUGGAUCCAAAUAAUGGCCCACAUUAUUGGAUUGUUAAACAUAUACGACAUGUUCGUUUUGUUUACAACUUUGGCCCGGGAAAUGGCAAAGCUGAAAGCCACUCCCUGUAUGAUUCCGACUUUUCGUUUUGGUGGAAUGCCUGA